CCGGGUCGAGGGUGACUAACGUGGUGCAUCUUGCUCAACGUGCGCACCACUUUUAGUGGUGGAAGCAUCUAAAAGUGGUUAAAUAUAAAAGUAAACAGGCUAAGAAGAGACAGAUCAACAAUGGGGGAGUUUAAAGUUCACCAGGUUCGUUUCUUUGAAUAUAUGCCCACGGGAAUCCGAGCUUUAGCUUUCCACGCGCAAAAUGAAAAGAUGGCAGUAGCGAGGAUGGACGGGUCUGUGGAGAUUUGCGAUUGCUCUGACAACUUUUUCCAAGAAAAGGUCAUCCCUGGAAGAGAGCAGUGUGGGAUAGAAGCUCUGUCCUGGGUUGGAGACCGUCUGUUUAGUGCAGGACUAAAUGGUGAAAUUGCAGAAUAUGAUCUAACAAAUCAGAAAGUAAAAUACACCAUAGAUGCAUACGGUGGGCCGAUCUGGACCAUUACAGGCAAUAAACAAGGAACACACUUGGCGGUUGGUUGUGAGGAUGGAAAUGUGAAGCUGUUUGAGGUGAAUGAAGACAAAAUACAGUUUGAGAGAAAUCUAAACAGGCAGAAAGGUCGCAUUAUUUCUCUUUCUUGGCACCCAUCAGGCUCCAAAAUAGCAGCUGGGAUGAUGGACAUGAUCCAGGUUUUUAAUGUAGAAACAGGCCACUCCAUACACAGGAUGCUGGUGGACAGAGGUCUCAGGACGUCCCGCAGUGAGGAGUGUGUUGUGUGGAGCGUGGUCUACCUCUCAGAUGGCACCAUCAUCAGCGGAGACUCUGCUGGAAUGGUUAAAAUGUGGGACGAUUGCACUGGUACUCUGAUUAAAAGCCACAAUGUCACCAAAAGUGAUGUGUUGGCGUUGUCAGUCUCACAGAACGAGGACAGUCUUGUCGCCGGGACAUCGGAGGGAUUUGUGGUACAGUUCCAGUUCGUCUCUGUGGUUUUAGAAAAGGAUGAGAAAGAAUGGGUCAGAACCAGGACAUUUAAGAACCACACACAUGAUAUCAGAGCCGUGGCGGAGAUCACGACUGCCGUUGUGUCAGGAGGUAUGGACACUCAGCUGGUUGUGAGACCUUUAUUAGACAAGGUCGAAGUGAGAUCAACAGCAUCGGCCCUCCGGAAGAUUCUUUUUCCACAUAGGAGACUGGUGUCCUGUGCGAAGAAGGCCGGUCUGAUGCUGUUCCAGUACCCGAGUCAUCUGGAGCUGUGGAGACUUGGAGAGAGUGAAGGACAAGCCAUACCUGGAAGCAGUUUACCUAUCAUAAAAAAACCAGAGAAAUUGCUUCUUUUGAAAGUGAAGGGUGAGGAGCACAUCCGCUGCAGCAUCGUGUCCCCGUGUGGAGAAUGGAUUGCUUAUUCCACAGCCAGUAGUUUACGACUGUACAGACUAAACUGUGACAAUAACAACGUCAGCAUCACCAAGAUAUCCAAGCUCCCAAAGGUUCUCAGUUCAGCCAAUCAGCUUUGUUUCUCACCAGACUCCUCCCAUUUGUUUUCAGCCUCCAUAGAGUCAUCAGUCCACAUGGUGUCUCUCAACCAAUUAGGGUGCAAAUAUGUGGCCACUCUUAAACCAAAGUCAGGCUCCAAGCAGGCUAUUCACUUGUUAACCGCUAGUGAAGAUGGGAAAUGGUUGGCCUCAGCAAACAGUGACCAUGAAGUUCAAGUCUACAAUCUGCAGAAACGAAAGGCUCAUUGCACAGUGCCUAUCUACAGUUCUGCUGUCAGCGCCAUGGCGUUCCACCCAACCACGAACUGCCUGUUCAUGGUACAUGCAGAUCAACAGAUGUUUGAGUUUUCCAUAGAGCAAAAACAGUACACAGAUUGGAGCAGAUCGGUGCAGAGGAACAAGCUUCAUCAUAUAUGGCUGAAGAGAGACACACCGGUCACCAAUGUGAUGUUUAACCCCAAAAAUCCAUCCCAUGUCAUCCUGCAUGACAUGUACAUGCUCUGUGUUAUUGAUAAAAGCCUGCCACUCCCUGAAAACAGCACACAGUUUUACAACCAGCUGACCCUGAAGAGCCUUCCAGCAGAGGAAAGAAAAUUUUACAGCCAUGCUUUCAAAAUCUGCAAAACCUUUAGGGAGAUCCUGUGCGUAGAGCAGAUGUUAGAUCAGUCUCUCGUGGUGGUUGAGCGCCCUCUAAUGGACAUCACCACUCAGUUGCCUGCACCCAUUAAACAGAAGAAAUUUGCCACAUAAGCACAAACCUCGUGCCAUGAAUUAGGAUGUGUUUUAUUGUGAGUUAUGAUGACCCGUUUCAAAAUCGUUUGUAAAAACUGCUGACACAGCAGACAGUAUUAAUAAAUAUUUACUCUACUUGUGUU